CAGCCAUGGCAUCUAUUCCGAAGUUUCUGCUGCUCCUGCUGUGCACUUAUCUUCACACUCUCGUUGCUCACGGAGGGGACAAUCUUCGCAGCUACAAGGUUCUGCACGCUGGCUCUCUCAAAUCUGCCACCGUCAACUGCUCCCAGCCCAAAGCAGUGAGUUCAUCAUCCGGCGGCGUCACGGUGCCGUUGCACCACCGGCACGGCCCGUGCUCCCCCGUGCCCUCCACGGAGGCGCCGACCUUGGAGGAGAUGCUCCGUCGUGACCAGUUCCGGGCCGCCUACAUCACACGGAAGUACUCCGGCGUCAUGGGUGGCGCGGGUGACGUGGAGCAAUCGGACGUUACCGUGCCGACCACGCUGGGCACCUCCCUGGGCACACUGGAGUACUUGAUCACCGUCGGCAUCGGCUCGCCGGCCAUGACCCAGACCAUGCUCAUCGACACUGGCAGCGACGUGUCCUGGGUGCAGUGCAAGCCGUGCUCGCAGUGCCACACCCAGGCCGACUCGCUCUUCGACCCCAGCUCGUCGAGCACCUACUCCGCGUUCCCCUGCAGCUCCUCCGCCUGCACGCAGCUCCGUCAGAGCCAGCAGGGGAACGGCUGCUCCUCCGGCUCCCAGUGCCAGUACAUUGUCAAAUAUGGCGACGGUUCGAGCGGGACCGGGACCUACAGCUCCGACAAGCUCACGCUGGGCUCGAGCUCCGUCAGCUACUUCCAGUUCGGAUGCAGCCAGUCUGAGUCAGGCAAUCUUCUCGAAGACCAGACCGAUGGGCUCAUGGGGCUCGGCGGCGGCGCUCAGUCGCUCGCCACCCAGACCGCGGGGACCUUAGGCAAGGCCUUCUCGUACUGCCUCCCACCGACUCCGGACUCGUCUGGGUUCCUCACCCUCGGCGCAGCAACCUCGGGUUUCGCCAAGACACAGAUGCUGAGGAGCAGUGCCCCGGCCUACUACGGUGUGCUCCUUGAGGCCAUCAGGGUAGGAGGCAGGCAGCUCAACAUACCCGCCUCGGUCUUCUCCGCCAAGUCGAUCAUGGACUCCGGCACAAUCAUCACGCGGCUGCCGCCGACCGCGUACUCUGCGCUGUCGGCGGCGUUCAAGGCCGGCAUGAAGCAGUACCCGCCGGCGCAGCCCAUGGGCAUCUUCGACACAUGCUUCAACUUCAGCGGCCAGUCCCCCAUCAACAUACCGAGCGUCGCACUAGUGUUCUCCGGGGGUGUCGUCGUCGACCUCGCCACCGACGGGAUCAUUCUGGACAGCUGCCUCGCCUUCGCGGCCAACAGCGAUGACAGCUCCCUUGGCAUCAUCGGCAACGUGCAGCAGCGGACGAUCGAGGUGCUCUACGACGUCGGCGGCGGCGCCGUGGGGUUCAAGGCUGGCGCAUGCUGAUCGGCGCGCACAAGGAGACCGUUGAUACUAUUGGGGUCACCAGCUCGUUGUAUACUUGUUUGCUGCAGCGAGCUAUAGUAAAAGUGACAUAGUACGUGAAGUGGGGCCAAAGCAUCAGCGCUAUAGACCUAUAGUACUUCAACUGUCGUUGCAACGUGACGCAAGCGUGCAAACUAGGAGUACCAACCAAAACAUACUUGUAACUAUUUUCGGGUAGGGAAAAAGUCUCAAAAUAAACCUUGAACUUCAAAUCCCUGAAAUUAGCACCCCGCACUAGUAGAAAAA